AUGGCUCCCUCAAAGACCGUCGCCGUUGCGUCGAAAGAUGUCACUCCCUCGAUUGAUCCCGAGCAGACCCUGAAGGCCUCCAAGGCUCUCCUGGCGCACAUCAAGAAGGCCGCCAAGGAAAAGUCCCAAGAAUCCGGCAAGAAGAACCUGCUCGCCGACCUCGACGAUGAAGAGGCCAACAUCGCCCAGCAGCCCAUCUGGCUGACCCUCACGACGAAGCGCCACAUUGCCGACACGACCCGUCUGAAGCCCGGCAAGAUCGCCCUGCCUCACCCGCUCAACUCUGACGAGGAGUCGACGAUAUGCCUCAUCACCGCCGACCCCCAGCGCGCCUACAAGAACAUUGUCGCCUCGGACGAGUUCCCCGCCGCCUUGCGCAAGCGCAUUACCCGCGUCGUCGACCUCGGCAAGCUCAAGUCCAAGUUCAAGCAGUACGAGGCCCAGCGCAAGCUCUUCUCCGAGCAUGACAUCUUCCUCGCCGACGACCGCAUCGUCAGCCGCCUGCCCAAGGCCCUCGGCAAGACCUUUUACAAGACCACCGCCAAGAGGCCUAUCCCCGUCGUCAUCUCGGCCAAGGCACCGCGCGGCGACGACGGCAAGCGUGCUAAGCCCCAGCCCAAGACCCCCGGCACCGUCAACGCCGGCACGCCGCAGGAGAUUGCCAACGAAAUCGAGAAGGCCAUCGGCGCCGCCCUCGUCAGCCUGAGCCCGUCGACCAACACCGCCAUCCGGAUAGGCUACGCCGGCUUCUCCGCCGACCAAAUCGCCGACAACGUCAACGCCGUCGUCAAGGCGCUCGUCGAGAAGUGGGUGCCGCAGAAGUGGCAGAACGUCAAGAGCAUCUACAUCAAGGGCCAGGAGACGGCAGCCCUGCCCGUCUGGCUGACGGACGAGCUCUGGCUGGAGCAGAAGGACAUCGUCGCCGAUGAUAGCGAGCAGGCCAAGGCCAUCAAGGAGAAGGCCAACGUUGGCAAGAAGCGCAAGUCGAUUGGCACCGCCGCCGAGGAGGACGAUGACGCCGGCGAGAUCAGCAAGCCCUCAGCGAAGAAGGCCAAGAAGGCCGCCGCCAAGGAGGCGCAGAAGGCGUUGCCCGAGAGCAACGACGACGUUCUCAACAAGCAGAUUGCCGAGCGCAAGGAGAAGCUGAAGAAGCAGAAGGCUAAGGCUAAGGCCGCCCUGGACAACUAG